AUGGCCUACUUGAUCCAUCUGGUCACCCUCAUUGGACUAUCAGAGAGUUGCUCAGGGCUCAUCUUAAAUUCAGGCCCAGCAGCCAGCCAGGAGCUCUUCCUCUCAGCCCUGGUCCCUGCUAGCAUUGAGCUGUCCGUGGUGCCGCAGUUCCAGGAGCACCAUAUGGAGCAUCCUCCAGGCAUCAUGGCUUUAACUGAUGCUGAUAAAAAGAAUAUCCAAUACAUCUGGGCAAAGUUAUUUGAGAAUCCAGAAGAAAAUGGCAAAACAGUUGUGAUCAAACUCUUCAAAGAUUAUCCUGAGACAAAAGCAUACUUCAAGAACAUCCCGACUGAAGGCAACCUGCAGGAGGAUCCGCUGGUGCGUUUCCAUGGCCGGAGAGUCAUGGUUGCCCUCAACCAGGUGGUUGAAAACCUGGACAAUUGGAAGCAGGCCUGCAGGAUUCUGGACCGUCUAGCAGACAAGCACAAGAAUGUGCACCAAGUGCCAGCAGUGAAUUUCCAGAGCAUUUUUCAGGUAAUCCUGAAUGUCUGCAAAGACGUCCUGGGAAAUGAAUUCAGCACAGAGGUGUCCCUCUCCUGGGAGAAGCUCUUUGGUCUGCUCUCUGAACAAAUAAAUGCAUCUUACGUAAGCACUUCCAAGUCCUGA